AUGGAAAAAGAAACUGGCAUCUACAAGGCUGAGGCCUCAUCUGAGCACGACGUGCAAUUCGGCAAUAUCGACCCGGCUAGGGAGAAGAAGUUGCUUUUAAAGCUGGAUCUGUUUAUCUGCCCGCUUGUUAUGCUUAUUUUUCUCGUUGCAUAUCUCGAUCGGAGUAAUCUGGGGAAUGCGGCUGUUGCUGGGAUGCCUGAAGAUAUUGGACUGGUUGGAAAUCAGCUUGGAAAUGCCGUCUCCUUAUUUUACGCCACCUAUGUGUUUUUCGAGAUUCCAUGCUCGAUGCUGCUGAAAAAGUUGCGACCUAAUCGGUUCAUUGCUGCGCUUAUCAUUGGCUUCAGUGCAUCGAUCAUCUCGGCUGGGUUCAUCAAGAAUGUUGCCGGUCUUUAUAUCACGCGCUUGCUUCUGGGCGUUUUCGAGAGUGGACUCUUCCCCUGUCUAACCGUCCUUUUGACGACCUUCUACAAGCGCGAAGAGCAGGCACAAAGAAUAUCCUACCUAUUCGUGUCCGCCGCUCUGAGCGGCGGAUUCGGUGGCCUGCUAGCAUUCGGCCUCCUCCGCCUCGACGGUGCCGCCGGGCUCGAAGGCUGGCGAUGGCUCUUCAUAGUAGAAGGCCUAAUGAGCGCCGUAAUCGGAAUAGCAACAUUCUUCUUCCUCCCGAACAACUUCGAAACAGCCUACUUCCUCAAUGAAGAAGACAAAGAACUAAUGCGGAUACGGAUGCAAUCCGCCGCACAAUACGCUGCCCCCGAGUCCUUCCACAUCCGAGAAGUCUGGAAGACACUCCGCGAUCCGAAGAGCUGGUUGACCUCACUCAAUCAGAUUAGUGUCAAUAUCUGCUCGUUUGGGUUUAGCACGUUCUUGCCGACAAUUAUUUCAUCGUUUGGGUAUGACUCGGUGCGCACGCAGCUGCUUACUGUCCCUGUUUAUAUCUGGGCUUCAGUGUUUUAUCUUGUUAUUGCUCAAUUUUCGGAUCGGGUGCGUCUGCGCGCCGUUUUUAUGGUGCCGCUUUGUCUCGUUACGGCGACCGGGUAUGCGAUGAUGUUGGGCAUUGAUGUUCAUGCGAGGGGCCCGCUUUAUUUUGCGACUUUUGUUUGUGUUACUGGGAUUUAUUGUGUUGUUGGUCUUGGCGUCUCCUGGAAUGCGAACAGUCAUGCAGGAUAUUACAAGAGGACCAUGGCCGUUGGCUUGCAGCAGUCAAUUGGUAAUUCUGGCGGAUUGAUCGCGGGCCAAAUCUACAAGACACCAGUGAACGGACGAUACGUUACCGGACACGCAGUCUCCCUCGCAGCCAUCUCUGUCGCCUUUCUCGGAAACAUCAGCAUGUAUCUGCAUCUGCGACACCAAAACCACAAGCGAGCGAGACUGACCCCCGAGGAACGAGAGGAGAUUAUUCAGUCUGGGUCGUACGAGAAGAAGGGAGGAGAUUUUCACCCGGAUUUCAAGUAUAUUCUGUAA